AACUUACAGAUUAAAAUGGAAGAGUUCGAUGAUGAUGAGGAUGACAGUUUACUACUUGCAGCCAUGGAAGUUGAUGAGGUGGAAGAAGUAAAAAUAAAAUCUGAAGCCACUGAAGUGAAAAAUGUUAUUAAUAACUUAGAAGAAGGUCCUGUCGAUGUGCCAGAAACUUUUCCAUUUCCUUUUAACCCAUAUGACAUACAGAAGAAUUUUAUGAGAAGUUUAUAUGAAUGCCUUGAACGAGGCAAAGUUGGAGUUUUUGAAAGCCCAACUGGAACAGGCAAAUCACUGAGUAUAAUCUGUGGCGCGCUGAAAUGGUUGCGGGAUUUUCAAGAUAAACAAAGAAAAAAGUUAGAGGAAUCAAUCCCUGACACAAGAAAGCAGAACUCCUCUAAGGAAGAAAAAGAGCUGGAUUGGAUCAGCCAAUUUGCAGCCAAAAAAGAACAGGAAGAAAAGCUGGAAAAAAUUAAGUUAGAGCAAGAAGCCAUAAAGAAAAGAGAAUCCAAGCUUAAAGAACUUCAGAAUUCUAAUUAUUUUGUCAGAAAAAGGAAGCUCAAGUCUAAGCUAGACACGGAUUUUGAGGAGCUCAUGGGCUCAGCCUCUGAAGACAUCAAGCGAGCUUGCAUGGAAGAAUUGAAAGCUGUGGACCUGGAAGUGGACCAAGCUUUGUUGGACAAAGAGGAUGAUGAUGUUGUUUUAGCUGACUACAAUAGCGAGGAUGAUGAAGAGGGCAAGCAGAAACAAGAUGAAGAUAAUGAUGAAGAGGAAACUAUAACUAAGAUUUAUUACUGCAGUCGUACACAUUCUCAGCUUAGUCAGUUUGUAAGGGAGGUGAUAAAAAGUCCCUAUGAGGAUGUUAGAGUAGUGUCCCUUGGCUCUAGACAGAACAUGUGUAUAAACCCAGCAGUGAAAAAGCUGUCAUCCUUGAACCUCAUCAAUGACAGAUGCUUAGAACUGCAGCAGAAAAAAAGCAAAAAGAAGCCUGGCUGUCCCUUCCAUAAACAAGAGCUGCUUCAUGUGUUCAAAGAUAAGACUUUGCUUGAAGUAGCAGACAUAGAACAGUUGGUGACCACAGGCAAACAGAUGAAAGCGUGUCCCUAUUAUGGAGCCAGAUAUGCUGUUCCACAAGCCGAAAUUGUAGCCCUCCCCUACAACACACUGCUACACAAGUCUACGAGAGAGGCUUGCGGAAUCAAAAUUUCUGGCAGCAUAGUCAUCAUAGAUGAGGCACACAACCUCUUAGAGACAAUCAACAACAUUCACAGUAUUGAGAUAACUGCUGGCCAGAUGGUUAAAGCUCAUUGCCAGCUAAGUCAGUAUGAGAAAAAGUUUGUUUCUCGCCUGACAGCAAAAAAUUUGAUGUAUGUCAGGCAAAUACUUUUUGUCUUGUCUCACCUGAUUGCAGUCCUGAGAGGCAAAACCAACUACACAGUAGAUUCACAAACAAAUGAUAAAUCAGACACAUCACUGUUGAACCUGAAUGAGUUUUUAUUUCGAGCUCAGCUGGACAACUUCAACAUGUUCAAACUGCUGAGAUACUGCCAGCAUAGUCAAAUGAGUAAAAAGCUUCAUGGAUUUGUUGAAAAGUAUCAAGAACCAGAGUGUCAGUCUGGAGAACAGACAUGUACAAAACCAGUCUCUGGAUUGACUAAAUUUUUACAAGAAAUAAAAACACCAAAAGACAAGGUUGACAUGAAAACACAAAAUGAAGAGCAAUCAAGCUCAGACCAACCAACCAACACCAGCAUGAACUCACCUUUGAUGCAGGUUGAAAGUUUUUUAGGUGCACUCACCAAUGCGGACAAAGACGGUCGGAUUGUGGUUAAUAAACAAGUAAAACUGAGCCAAUCCAGCCUGAAGUUUCUGAUGCUGAACCCCGCUGUACAUUUUGUCAGUGUGCUGCAAGAGGCCAGAGCCGUGGUUGUGGCUGGUGGCACCAUGCAGCCUGUGACAGAAUUUAAGGACCAGCUGUUUCAUGCUGCAGGGAUCUUACCCAGUCGCAUCAUGGAGUUCUCUUGUGGGCACAUAAUUCCUGGGCAUCAGUUACUUCCCCUGGUUGUAGCUACAGGACCCAGUGGUAUCCCUUUGGAGUUUACUUUCCAGACCAGAGAAAAACCUCAAAUAAUAGAAGAAUUGGGUCGUAUCCUAAUUAACAUUUGCAAUGUGGUGCCAGGGGGAAUCAUCUGUUUUUUCCCAUCCUACGACUACGAGAAAUUAAUUUAUGCAGCUUGGGAAAAGAACGCUGUACUCAGCAAAAUUCAGACCAAGAAGAAGAUCUUCAGGGAACCAAAGAGAAGUGGCUUGGCAGAUCAAGUCCUGACAGAAUAUUCAGAUUCCAUUAAGAGAUCAAUGGCUUGGCAAGGCACAGUAACAGGAGCCAUCCUAAUGUGUGUGGUAGGUGGGAAGAUGAGUGAAGGAAUUAAUUUCUCAGAUGAUCUUGGAAGAUGUGUGGUAAUGGUGGGUUUGCCUUACCCAAAUAUCCACUCCCCUGAGCUGAAGGAGAAAAUGAACUAUUUGAACAAUCAUUUUCCCAAAGAUAAAGAAGGGAGACAAGCAGGUCAAGUACACUAUGAGAACUUGUGUAUGAAAGCUGUCAACCAGUCUAUUGGGAGAGCCAUCCGCCACAAAGAUGACUAUGCUUCUAUUCUACUUGUGGAUCAAAGAUUUUCUAAACCAAAUGUUUGUAACAAACUGCCGCAGUGGAUCAGCAAACAUCUCCAGAAGCCUGAGAAAUUUUCUGCUGUCAUGCAGGCACUGCCUAAGUUUUUUAACUCUCACAAAGUAAAAUCCUGAUGAACAACCUGUGAGUCAACAUUAACUCGACGAAGUAAAAAAAGCAUUAAGUUGAAAAAACAAAUUGCGCUGAGCCAAAUGGAGAGUACAAUACUGACACAGAUGUUAAAUACUGACACAGAUGUUAAAUACUGACACAGAUGUUAAAUACUGACACAGAUGUUAAAUACUGACACAGAUUUUAAAUACUGACACAGAUGUUACAAAUUGAACUUAUUUGUCACAGGAGAAAAGUGUCAAACCAGCACACCAUUGAGGCGAGGGAUUCAAAUAUAGCA